GUCAAUAUGGCGGCUGUAUGUAAAAGUGGUUAUUUACAAAAAUCAAGAUAAUUUAUUUGUAAUAAAAUGAUUAUUUAUUAGGUAAUUAGUAUAUUUACGUGAUUCUUUGUUUAAUGGUUAUUAUUUGCUAACCAUCGUUAAUAGGUGAACAAAAUUUACUGACAAAAUGACCAACGAAAACAUGACCAUAAAGCAAGAGGUGAUGGAGGAUGAUGACAUGGAAAUAGAUGAGGAUCUUCCCACAUUAGGUCCUGCUGCUUUAGGAUUGCAAAGAGUUGGCACAGUGCCUCCCCCAAAACCCACUCCUACACAACCCCCACAAGUCUUAAAUGCUCGAGGGAUGCCGGCUAGGAUAAGAAAGAAAAAUAGACUAUUUUUUGAUGACGAUAUUGUAAAUACUCCACACCACAGAGUUCCAAGUGCUAAGAAGCAAAAAGCUACACCAUCCAAAAAACCGACACCCGUGAAAGUGAAAUUAGAGAGGAAUGAAUAUAAAUCUACUCCUAAAAAGACUCCAUCUAAGGAAGUUAAGCAUGAAAGAGACUCCCCUCCGCCUGUUUUAAACUCUCCAGAUAGAAAAAUUGGUCAAAAAAUAGGACUGAGGCUUAGAAAUUUACUGAAAUUACCAAAAGCUCACAAAUGGGUAUGUUAUGAAUGGUUUUAUAGCAAUAUUGAUCGCUGUCUCUUUGAUGGGGACAAUGAUUUUACUAUUUGUUUGAAAGAAUCCUUCCCCGAUUUAAAAUUGAAAGAAUUAACUAGAGUAGAAUGGACGAAGAUUAGAAGAAUGAUGGGUAAACCUCGUAGAUGUUCUCAAGCAUUUUUCAAUGAAGAAAGACUAGAAUUGGAAAAGAAAAGAAAGAAAAUACGAGCCCUACAACAAAGAAAAGCAACAGAUAUGACUAGUUUUAAAGACCUACCGCCAGAAGUUCCUAUGCAAUUGGUUAUAGGAACCAAGGUAACAGCAAGAUUAAGAAAACCACAAGAUGGUCUUUUUACUGGCAGUAUUGAUGCUGUUGAUACCUCAAACAAUACAUACCGUAUUACUUUUGAGAGACAAGGCUUGGGAACUCAUUCCGUACCUGACUAUGAAGUUCUUUCAAAUGAACCUCCAGAAACGAUAUCAAUACUGAGUUUUCAAGCUACAUUCAGACCUAGAAAUAAUGUCUCCUUUUCUCCUGUAUUAAAGAGUCCUGUUAUAAAUAAUCUGAAAUUAAGAAAAGAUCCUUUGCUCUCAGGUUCAUUGCUCAAUACUCCUCCCUUCUUACCUUCUUUAGAUGAGGGUAAAAUAGGCGGUUACCCUGCAAAAUUAUUAGAAAAGAUGGUUUUGGUUACUAAAAUUCUGAACGUUAAAAAAAUGAAAAUAAAAAUGUUAAAAAAGCUGAAUUCAGAAGCUGAAAAACUGUUUUCGUUUGAUGAAGAUAUUCCUGAUGAUUUUGAAAGAACAUACGCAGGUGUACUUGUCGACCUUGAAAAAUUAAAUUUUGAUCUCCAAAAGUAUCUUGACGAAAUGCAAAUUUACUGCAAACAGAUAGCACCGGAACCCAGCGUGGCAGCUAUGCUCACACCUUCGCAUUUGAGAGAAAAAUGUCGCGAAGAAGCUAAAGAUAUUGUAGAUAAGCAUAACUGUAUUAUAGCUUCGGACAAAGAUCCUUGCCAGAAUCCUUCAAUAUUGGAUUUAAUCACAGAUCUCACAUCACUAUUACUUCAAGUUAAAAACAUGUCCGAUGCCGAAAGCAAUGCCUAUGAGCUGCAAGUGUUGCAAGGUACGAUGGAACAAAUUAAAAGGAAACUUACUCCCGUUAAUCAACAAGUUUUUCAGGCUAAUGUAGAAGUGCAUAUGAAACACAUUGAAGUAGGUUUAAAUCAGAUUAAUAUUGACAAAUUACUUUUGGGUACAAAAAUUUAAGUAUAGGUAAUUUUAUUUUAUUGUAUAGAAAUUUAUUUAUUUCAGACUGUAUAGAUAAUUUGGGCAAAUGUUUAGUUAUGCGCACUAAUACUCAAUAAUGCUCGACGUAAAGACUUUUUAAAAGUAAAAAAUAUUUAAUAACAUUAAAAAUUUCCGCAGGAGGCACGAAAAAUUUUCGAUACAUUAUAUUUAAUAUUAUAAAUCUUUAAUAUUACAUAACAAGAGUUAUUACCGAAAGGUAAUUGGGUAAUACUCCAUAGUCAUUCAAACGAGCAGAAUAGACCUAUUACAAGGUUUAUGGUAAAAAAAACAGACAUUUUAGAGUUAAGUUGAUGAGACUGAUGUUAUCCAAUUGAGUUAUCCAGUGAGGACGUUUAGGUUGGAAUAAAUUCAUUUUCUCGAGAAUUGGCGAUUUUGGAGAGAAAUCCCGAAACAGGUCGAUUUCUAUAUUCAAAUUAUUAUUUUUUGGCAUGUAUACAGGGUGUUUGGUAAAGAAUGGGCCAUAGCUUAACCUCAGGUUCCUGAGGUUAAAAUAGGCCGAUUUAAGCUAACUUACCUUAGUACAAGGUUUAUAAUAACCGAGAUACAGGGUGUCAAAGUUAAACUUUUUUUUUAUUUAUUAUUGAAUAUUUCCUGACAGGUAUGAGAUAACAACAUGAAAUUUGGUAUGUGGGGGUUUUUUGGGUCGAGAAAACUAAAUUCCCUACCAAAAAUUAUGUAUUGCCCAGAGGGCGCCACAUACGCCUUUCAGCACUCAUUUAUUACGUUCAAUUUUUUUAUCCCUCUGUAUAAUUUUGACAUUAAAAUUUUUAUUCACCUAUUAGUUUUACUUAAAAAAGGUAUACUUCUUUCAUCUCCCUAAACUCGACCGUUUUCCAGAUAAACGCAUUUUAAAUCUGCGAUACACCAUCAUUUUUAGCAUAAUAUUGUAGUUACACCCGAAAAAUAACUUAAAACCAUAAAAUUAUCCAAAAAUGUAUCGCAAAUUUGUUCAAAUGGAAUUUGCGAUGCAAUGACAUAAAUUUGAGAACUGGCACAAUUAUUAUGGUUUUAAGAUAUUUUUCGGGUGGAACUACAAUGAUAUGCUAAAAAUGAUGGUGUAUCGCAGAUUUAAAAUGCGUUUAUGUCGAAAACGGUUGAGUUUAGGGAGAUGAAAGAAGUGUACCUUUUUUAAGUAAAACUAAUAGGAGAAUAAAAAUUUUAAUG